AUGGAGAAGGAGGCUGCUAUCGCCAAUAUGCGUGCUCGUCGUCCUCGAGCUUCGGGCCGCAGUAUGGGCAUGAGUAUGGGGAACGAUAUGGGUAUGGGGCAGGAGUUGGGUCUUGAUGCUGAUGGAGAUGCUGAUGCCUAUGGGGAAGUCGAUGCGGACGGGGACGUCGAUACGUCCGUGCCUAUGACCAAUGGAUCUCAAGGAGGACGAGGAGGAACGGGAGGAGGAGGGGAUAGAAGUAGAGAUGAGGACGAAGAUGGAGAGGGGGAUGCGGAUGAUUUGGAUUUGGAGAGUGAGGAAGGUGUGGAAGGAGGGAGUGGGGAUGAACAUGGGAGAAGGAGGAAGAGGAGAAGGAUGAGUAAUGGGUUGGGCGUUGGGGUUGGUGCGAAUGGCAUUGCGAGAGGCGCAAAUGGGAAACAUGUUUCGGGACAUCCUCUUGGUGGGACGAGAGGGGUAGGGAUGUAUGGGAAUGGGAAUGGGAACGGGAAUGGGAGUAUGAAUGGUGGUGGUGGGCCGAUGAUGAUUGACGAGUUGGGCGCUGAAGGUGAAGACGACGUCGAUGCUGAGGGGGAGCCAUACUCGGAGGACCAGAUCGUUAGGACGUAUUCGCCUUUGCAUUACGCACACCAACAACAGCAUCAACACCAGCAACAGCAACAACAACGGCAGCAGUAUAAUCGUCGGCAAGGAGGUCAAGGAGGUCAAGGUCAAGGUAUGAUGAGGAUGGGUUCGGGGAGAGGAAGUAUGGGAGGUUAUUCGAGAUGGGGAGGUCAACCUGUUGCGUUGGCUGAUUUGGAUAGUUUGCCUGGUCGCCGCAACUUCAUCUUCCUCGCUAUCGACCAUCUCUUCUGCACGACAUAUGAGAACUCGGAUGAUAUGACCAUCUCGUCUCUCCUGAUUUACCUCAACGCGGCCAUGCCACCUGACAAACACGAGGACUUUGAUACUCCGGAAGUCGUGAAGGCGGUCGCUGUGUUCAAGGAGAAGGGUAAAGUCAUAUUUGAGGGAGAUACGUUGAGAUUGGUGGAUUGA